AUGUGGACAUGCUGUGGCAUACAUGCUCUGCUGCUUGUAACAGCUGCUACCCUGAAUUCAGAGGCUGCCAUCAGAGGGAAAAAUACCGUCAGAGAAGAUGUCUAUCCUCCUCUGUGGGAUUCUGUCCCUGAAAACCUUCUGGAUUUCCCAGUAGAAGGCGACAAAAUUGUCAUCAACGCUUGGAACUAUAGAGAACGUCUGGGAGCAUACAAGACUUUGCUAAAUGCUUCAGCCAAAUAUUUUUCUCCUUUUGGAUCCCAAAAUUUUGCUAAUAUUCUCUGGGGAUUGGCAUUGCAACAUGGGUGGCAGUUUCAUACAGGCAGAUUAGCAGAUCCUUCCAGUGUGACUUCCUGUGGCUACCAAGCUGGAGACCUUCUGUGCAUAUCUAUAAGAAGCUGGUGGGCCUGUAUGAAUUACUACCUGUCUAUGAUACCCUUUUUGGGUGCAGUGGAAGCUGGCCUUUUUGGAGAGUUGCCAUAUGAAAUAGAGAUAAUACCACCAGAGGAGCUAAGAGAGGAUUUUUGUUAUAGUGUUGCUGACUGCCGUUCUCGCAUUCCCAAGCUCAUGGAUGAGUGGAAGGCCUAUUUUGAAUAUCUGUUAUCUACAGACCAAAAAGCUGAGAUCCCUACAACAGAAUCCUCCUUCAGCCUGGAUGAUGCCCUCCAUCACAUGUGGAAGGCACACGUGGCCUCCAUUGCUCAUGCUUUACCUAAGUUCCAGGAGAGAUUAAUAUAUCUCUCUGAUCCAGAAGCAAAUUUUGGAGAAGACUGGGCUAAUGGUGUAGAUUUCAUUGCAGCAACACACUUCUCUACAGAUUUGUGGAAUACACACCACUUCCAGGCUUUCCUGCCUCAGAGGAUGCUUGUUGAAGGGGAUGUUAUCCCAUUCAUCCAUGACUUCAGUCCACAACAAAACAAAGUCUUGUUUUCACUGAGUGCUCUUUACAAUACAAAUAAAUUAACAGGAGGAUUGCUGCUGAAACUCUGGAGAAAGGCUAUGUCUACCGAAGCAGGAAGGGAACUGGGACGAAAAAUGAUUGAAGACUUGGUUGCAAGCCAGGAAUUUAACCCAAUGGAAAUAUAUGAUGAUGUGAAGGGAGGUGAUCUGGCAGCACCCAGUUUCUUGACAAAAAACAGCAUCAGUAUUGAUUGA